GAGAGAGAGAGAGAGGAGCGCUCUCAGAGAAACAGAAAGGUACACAGAGAAGAGAGUGGACGACAGAAAGUGAGAGAAGGAGAAGGAGGACGGUGGCUGCUGAGCAUCUCUGCGCACCUUUUCACUCCUGCACGCUCACGGAUCUUUAAAAAAAAAAAAGAAAAAGAAAAGAGUCUACACUUGAUCAUCCUCCGCUCCAGAGAGAGAUUAAAACUUUUUUUUUCUUUUUUGCAAAGAAGCUUUUUAAGAAUAUUUUUAACUUUUAAGGGGGAGAGAGGAGAGAGAGAGAGACGCGAUUCCUGGAAGAGUUUUCGUUCAUUUUUUCCCCCCAAGCCAAGUCUUUCCAUCCCUCGAGAAGUUUGAGAAAGUAAAGCCCUUGUUGGUUCCAGGGCUCCGGCUUCACUUUUUCCACGUGUCCCCCCCACGCUGUCCCAGCUUUUGACAGAAACGUGUCACCUUGAGAUUUUUUUUUUUGCUUCAAAGAAAAAAAAAAAACUUUUAUUUUUUUUAAAAAAGUCACUGACCCACAAACGAGACCCAAACAUGAGCUCUCAAACAUCAGGACAGUCCCCAGGCUUGUGUGACUUAAAUCAUUGAAGCGGAGUUGAGUUCUGUUUGGGUGUGAGACUGAAGACGCGGGGACGGUCUGGGCUGCGCAGCUCACCUGUAGCAUCUCCUCCGCACAGUAAACGCCACUUUGUGACUAUUUUAAGAGGCAGAUUGAAUCUGAUCUGAACUCCCGCAGUUCAUUCAUUCUGAAAAACACGCGCGUUGCCUCUUCCAGAUCAGCUUUUGGAGUGCGUAAAGGCGCAUUUUACGCGUGAAAAGAAACUUCCCAAAAAAAUCAUCCAGAGGAUCCAGAUCUACAAACUUUUUUUUUUUUGAGAGUCACCCAGAGAUCGCCGGGCUCUCCAUCAACCAUGCUGUUCGACAGCUUCGACCUCGUCUCGGCUCUGGCCACUCUGGCCGCCUGCCUGGUGUCCAUGGCCCUGCUCCUAGCCGUCUCCCAGCAGCUCUGGCAGCUCAGAUGGACGGCCACGCGGGAUAAAAACUGCAAGCUCCCCAUGCCCAAAGGAUCCAUGGGCUUCCCUUUCAUCGGCGAGACUUGCCACUGGCUCCUGCAGGGUUCGGGCUUCCAUGCGUCGCGGAGGCAGAAGUACGGCAACGUCUUCAAGACCCACCUGCUCGGCCGCCCCCUGAUCCGGGUGACGGGCGCCGAGAAUGUGCGCAAGGUUCUGAUGGGCGAGCACACGCUGGUGACGGUGGACUGGCCUCAGAGCACCGCCACGCUGCUGGGACCCAACUCGCUGGCCAACAGCAUCGGAGACAUCCACCGCAAGAGGAGGAAGGUGUUUGCCAAAGUGUUCAGCCAUGAGGCCUUGGAGUCCUACCUCCCAAAAAUCCAGCAGGUCAUCCAGGAGAGCCUCCGGGUAUGGAGCUCCAACCCUGAGCCCAUCAACGUCUACAGGGAAAGCCAGCGGUUGUCGUUCACCAUGGCGGUGAGGGUGCUGCUGGGAUUCAGGGUGUCCGAAGAGGAGAUGAGGCAUCUGUUCUCGACCUUCCAGGACUUUGUUGAUAACUUGUUCAGCCUGCCUAUAGACCUGCCGUUUAGCGGCUACAGGAAGGGUAUCCGAGCGAGAGACACCCUCCAGAAAAGCAUAGAGAAGGCCAUCAGGGAGAAGCCGCUGUGUUCCCAGGGGAAGGAUUACAGCGACGCGCUGGACGUCCUGAUGGAGAGCGCCAAGGAGAACGGCACCGAGCUCACCAUGCAGGAACUGAAGGAGUCCACCAUCGAGCUGAUCUUCGCUGCCUUCGCCACCACAGCCAGCGCCAGCACUUCGCUCAUCAUGCAGCUCCUCCGCCACCCUCAAGUCCUGGAGCGCCUGAGGGAGGAGCUGAGAGCCAGGGGCCUUCUCCACAAUGGUUGCCUAUGCCCCGAAGGAGAGCUGAGGCUGGACACCAUCGUGAGCCUCAAGUACCUGGAUUGUGUCAUCAAGGAGGUGUUGAGACUCUUUACACCUGUCUCAGGGGCCUAUCGAACUGCCAUGCAGACCUUUGAACUUGACGGAGUUCAGAUUCCAAAAGGCUGGAGUGUAAUGUACAGCAUUCGAGACACCCACGACACUGCAGCCGUCUUCAAGGACGUAGACGCCUUCGACCCUGACCGCUUCAGUCAGGAACGGGGAGAAGACAAAGAGGGACGCUUCCACUACCUGCCCUUUGGCGGCGGCGUCCGGUCCUGCCUGGGCAAGCAGCUUGCCACCCUCUUCCUUCGCAUCCUGGCUAUCGAGCUGGCCAGCACAAGCCGUUUCGAGCUGGCCACCCGGCAGUUCCCCCGCGUGGUCACAGUACCUGUGGUCCACCCUGUCGAUGGGCUGAAGGUCAAGUUCUACGGCUUAGACUCCAACCAGAAUGAGAUCAUGGCCAAGUCAGAAGAGCUGCUGGGAGCGACUGUUUGAAGGGAGAGUUGACGAGUAGGGGUGGGUGAGUGAUCGAAAAAGUCUUUAGGGAGAAGAUUGAAGGAAGGAAAGAAAGAAUUUCAGAGUUAUUUUUUCUUCUCCACCUUUGCUCUGCCAAGUUGGAGGUUCCUUUUCAGACUAAAAGAAAAGCAGAAGUCUUCGUCUCUUGUUACAACUGAUGAUUAUCGGGACUUUCCUCUGAGAAAGGAAGAAGCUGCCAAAAAAGUUCUUAAUUAUGCUCUAUUCUGUGUAUUUUUUUAAAGAAAUAUACAAACAAAAUGUAUGUACAAAAAAAAAAGCUAUGUAAUAUAAUUUGAAAGAGAAUGUGGGUAGUGCACAACGGGAGAAAGAGAAGUAUGGUGGUACUUUUGGGGAAAUGAAGUGUUGAAAUUAGAAAAGUGAAAGUAAAGAUGGUUGUGGGAGGAAGGCGUGAUGGAUGAAACAGGGUAUAGGAUGAAAGAAUAUGAUAUUUUAGCAUUUUGCUUGUGCUUAAUCAAAUGCAGUGAACCAUUUCAGUUGUCUAGCAGGGUAAAAGAGAUGGAUAUAUAGACUGAAAGUUCCAGAUUUUUUGGUCGAAAUUGGUCAAUUUUGAGCCAGAAUUCUUCGUAGUGCCACCCAGAAUCAACUCAUGUUUUCUGCUUAUUUGAAAAAAAAGAUUUGAAAGAAUGACAGAAUUGAGUAGUGGCUUUGUGUUUUCCAUCAAGACUCAGAUUGUUUACUAGCUUACAGAUGCAGUCAAAGGGAUCAUAGCACAUUGGGUAGCAGGUUGUGGCACAGAUACACUGUGUUGCUCAGCUUGUCAGAUUGGCGCUGCACCAUUUCUUCGAGCCAAGUGUGUCAUGAUGCAAUAACUACUUUGGCUUAAAUUUGUACUGCUAAUUCAAGUCAAGUACCAAUUCAGGCAGCGGAGGAAAAGGCUGCACUUAGAAAUGAGCAAUGUAGUUCUGAUGGGGAAGAUAUACAGGGCUGUGUAUUUAAGGGGCAGAGCAAACAACAUUUUGAAUUGAUGUUAUUUGGGGAAUUCGUUCAAUUUCUUACGACCUUCUUUCCCACUCGUAAAAGGAUAUAAAGGGUAACAACUGUAGAGCUUUUAUUCAAGUGAUUAAGUGCUUGAGUAAAAGAGGCAGAGAGGAGCAAGGUAGUUUUAGAUUACGCUUAAGGGUAUAAUCUUGAGGAAGUAAAUCCUUGCUGGGAGAUUAAUGCCAUCAUCAUUCUCCAAACCCUCUGGGAUCCCAACAAUUGCCCACGAUUGCAAAAGCAAUUCAUAGGACCACUGACAGGACCCUAGAGGGUUCAAAUCGAUUGCAUCUUGGGGUUCCAAAAUACAAACCCAAAAAAGGUUUCAGUAGGUGUCAUCUUAUGUCUUUACCUUUAGUCUCAGUCUCCUCUUAAGUCUCUGCUACCCAUAGGUUGCCCAUCAGCGUUGACUCAAAAUGUUGCCCAUAUACACUAUAUAUAGCAUAUCCCAGUAAUCUUGGUGGCGUGAACUCAGGUGCAGAGUAGACAUUGUGGUGAAUAACGAAUAAGCCUUUGCUUUUUGAUAUUUAACUCUGACUGACUGCACAUAAAUAAUGUCACUUACUCACUGUUGUAGUUUCAGAGCUGGACCGAUUACUUUUUGAAAAGCUGUCAGUUACUUUGCUUUCUGUCCACAAGAAGAUAUCAGGGGUUUCCAAUAAGCGUUUGUUCUCACUUGAUGUAUUACCUUCUGCAACCAUUUUGUAUCCCUCCCAAAGGAAGCAAUUUUGGUGGCGCAAGCAGAAUCAACCAACAGGAAUUGCCAAUUGGCGUCAAAGUUAAUGAAUGAUGAUCAGACAGUAAUGAGGUCCAGGUCUGUUUUUGUAAACUCUCUGAACCUGUGCUUUGAUACAUAAACUACACUUUUCAAGUUGCGUUGAGAUCGUACUUCUCAGACGGUGAAUUUAUCCCGCAACGAGGAUAAGAUAUAAAGAACUCGCUCCCGCGUAAGCGGCGCAACUUCCUGAGCUGGAGGAGGAGAAAAGACAGAGGGAUAAGGUGGGGGGGGUAGACGGAGGAGAAGACCUACAUACAUGCUGCUUGAGUGUUGCUUUGUCAUGUUUGUUCAUUUUGUAUGCUAUUAUUGUUUGUUUUUAUCCGUCUCCUUGGGGCAGCCAUUUUGAGUUCUGUGGAGAAGGUGACAUCCUGUCUUGCUGCUCCUCCAAUCAACGCUAAGAAUGCAAAAAAAAACAAAACAACAAAAACAAAAAAAAACAUAAAUAAGUUCCACGGUUUAAGCAACUUUAUUAGCUAAAAAGAGAUUUAUUGUUUGAGGUGAUUGCACAAUCAGAACUCUCAGAGCUUUUGCUUGUUCCAUAAAUCUGGGAUGAGAGAGAGGAAGAUGUUUUUUUUUUCUUGUUUACCCGUAUAUGGAGCGUGCUUUCCUGUGGCGGGACUCUGGGACUCGUUAGUGGAAAACUCUCGGACAUCUCGGAGUUCAAAACCGGAGCUUGAGAGAGAAGAACCAAUGAGGUUUCAGGGGGAGGGCGGGGUCAUGCUCAGAGGGCUUUUCUCAUUGGACAAUCCGUGUUGUCCAAUACAGCAUCCUCCAGAUGGACUCCUGCGCUAGACAUUUGUUCACUCUUUCUACCAACCACACCACUGAUUUCUUCAUGAUAAAAAAAAGUUAUAUAAAAAAUAGAUUUUUUUUGCUGCUUUUCUUGUGUAUAUUUUCUAAUUGAGAGUUCUAGAUUGCAAUAGUUUGUAUCGAGUGAGACUUGCUAUUUCUUUCCCUAUAAUAUAUAUACAUAUACAUAUAUAUGUAUAUGUAUAUAUAUAUACAUAUAUACAUGUAGCUGAUUAAAAUAUUUGCAUUUUGUGAAAGCAAAAAGAGCAUUAAUAGGUUAUAGUGUAUAUUAAUUUGUACAAUAUUCCUUUCUUUAGCAAGCCAUGGGGAAAAUCAGCUAUUUACGUCUACUAAUAACCUAAUAUUAAUGUUAUUGUACGAUUAAUAUUGUUGUUAUAAGAUAUUUGAAAUGCUAUUUUUUAUUCUAUUACAGAUUUAGAGUUUUUAGCCUAAAUGAGAAGGUCUUUGGUAAAUAUUGGAUGUAUUUAGAAUGUUAUGUAUUUCAGUUAUAUUGUAAACAGUGUUUAAAAUGUUAAUAUUUGUUGAUUUGAUUACUGUAAUAAUUAUUAUUUGUUUUGUUAUUCAGACUUAUUAUCACUGCAUUUUAUUUGAUAUUAAUUAUGGAAAACAGAAAGCACUUGCGAGGUAUGUCUAUUUUUUAAGUGCCAUGCGACUACACUUCCCCUUCCUCACACCUGUUGGUUUCUCUGAACUUGUCUUAUGUCAAUCUGUACAUAAUAUUUGUAUUUCUUUUACAGGAAAAAAAUGUUCAUUUAGUUUAAAUAUGAAUGUCUUGUUCUACUUUCUUCCAUUUCUUUUUUUUUUGUUACCGUGAUUGUUAAAUGUACUCCUGUAAUAAAGUAUAAAGUAAAACAA